UUACAUUGAACCGUUCUGUUCGGCACGAAGAGUGCAGAUUUAACCAGUCAACUCAAAAUAUCAGCGCUUCCCCCAAAUGCGAAAGGCAGAGGAAAUAUUCCCCCUUGCGACGCUGGGUGGGGCUGUUGGCCACGAACCGGAAGGUUUUUCUGCCCACACCAGUUUUUCAGUCAGCGGCAAGCAGACACAGGGAGAGAGAAACGCAGAUUGAGCUGCUCGGGAAGGGCGGCGGGGCUCGCUCACCAAGUGUGAGGGAGGCUUGCAGGUUUUCAGAAAUAGCAUCUCGCCACAGGAUUCCUGCAAGCACCACUCUGCCUUGGAUGCUGAGUAAAAAUGCCGGGAACCACGGAGGAUGCUCCGAAAGGAUGGUUUUCCUGGAAAGUGAUGGCGAGCGGAGGCAUCAAAAGGCAAGUGAGCUUGUUCUUUCUCUGUGUAUGCGUGUGUCAGGUCGGUGCUGAAACCCUCCGCUACACUCUGGCAGAGGAAAUGGAGAAGGAUUCCUUUGUUGCCAAUGUUGCAAAGGACCUGGGGGUUUCUCCCAGCCAGCUCGCUGCUCGCAAGGCCCGCGUUGUGUCCGAGCGGAACGAGCAGUAUUUCCGGCUGAAUCAAAACACGGGAGUUCUGACAGUAAAGGAAACGCUAGACAGGGAGGAGAUCUGUCCGCAGAGCGAUAUCUGCACACUCUUCUUUAAGAUAUUCUUCGAAAAUCCAUUGCAACUGAUACGAGGGGAGGUGGAGGUUCUUGAUGUGAACGAUAAUUCCCCCGUAUUCGCAGAAAAGGAGAUGAUUUUAGAGAUUCCGGAAACGAUAUCUCCCGGGUCUCGUUUCCCUCUGGAAAGUGCCCGGGACAAGGACGUGGGGAGUAACGGCCUGCAGAACUACAGUCUCGGGCCCAACUCACAUUUCUCCCUGGAUCACGGGACUGGGAAGGAUAGGGGAAAAUACCCGGAGCUCGUCCUACAGCGGCAGCUGGACCGCGAAGACCAGCCGGAGGUGAAUUUGCUCCUCACUGCUACAGACGGGGGCUCACCGCCCAGGUCGGGCAUGGCUCAGGUCCGGAUCGUGGUGCUGGAUGCCAAUGACAACAUCCCUGUCUUCAGUCGGGAGGUGUACGAGGUACGACUGGCCGAGAACAGCCCGCCGGAGCAGCUGGUGGUCAGAGUCGCGGCCGAAGAUCCCGAUGAAGGGUCCUACGGUAAAGUGCGGUAUGCCUUCACCCAGACGUCGGAGCUGUCCCGCCAGCUAUUCCAGCUGAACUCUGCCACCGGCCAGAUAUGGAUCUCGGGCAACCUGGACUUCGAGGAAGUGAAAAGCCACAAGAUGGUGGUGAGAGGCACCGACGGCGGGGGGCUAUCUGCGCUUUGCAAAGUGCACGUGGAGGUCCUGGACGUGAACGACAACGCCCCGGAGAUAGCACUCACCUCCAUCUCCGCCUCCAUUCCCGAGGACGCUCCGCCCGGGACUGUAGUGGCCCUGUUCAGAGUGCGGGACCGAGACUCCGGCGACAACGGGAGGACGGAGUGUGCGAUCGACAGGGACUUGCCCUUCAGUCUCACACCCACUUUCGAUAAUUACUACGAGCUGCAGACAGACGCAGCGCUGGACAGGGAGCGGACGGCGGAGUACAACAUUACCAUCACAGCCACGGACCAGGGCGCGCCACGGCUGAGUUCUGAGGAAAGCAUCUUCGUGCAGAUAUCCGAUGUGAACGACAACCCCCCGGAGUUCACGCAGGCGGUUUACACGAUGUCAGUGAAGGAGAACAACGGUUGCAUGCUCCGAAUCGGCAGCGUGAGCGCAACGGACGCCGACGCGGGGAAAAACGCCCGCGUGAGCUACGCGCUGGUGCGGGAGCCGGGGAAGCAGAAGCCCAACGUGUCUGUCAAUUCCGAGAACGGGGAACUUUACAUCCUUCUCCCGCUGGACUACGAGGAGGUGCGCGCCUUCCAGGUCGCCGUGCGCGCCGCCGACGGCGGCUUGCCGCCGCUCAGCGCCGAGGCGCUGGUGCGCGUGGAGGUGCGGGACGAGAACGACAACGCGCCCGUCGUGCUGCACCCGCUGCCCAACAGCAGCGCGGCGGCGGGAGAGCUGGUGCCGCGCCGGGCGCGGGCGGGCUACCUGGUGGCCAAGGUGGUGGCGGUGGACGCGGACUCGGGGCAGAACGCCUGGCUGUCCUACGAGCUGGCCAAGGCCACGGAGCCGGGGCUCUUCCGCGUGGGGCUGCACAGCGGCGAGGUGCGCACGGCGCGGGCCGUGUCGGAGCGGGAUGUGGCCAGGCAGAGACUCGUGGUGCUUGUGAGAGACAGCGGGCAGCCGCCGCGCUCCUCCACCGUCACGCUCAGCCUCGCCCUGGUCGAGGGCUUCUCCGAAGCCCACCUGCGGGUCAGCGAGGAGGCACCCGCCGCCGAUCCCGACGCGCCGCUGACGCUGUACCUCAUCAUCUGCUUGUCCUCCGUGUCGGCACUGUUCCUGGUCACCGUGAUGACCAUCGUGGUUGUGAAGGUGCGGCGGGCCAGGAGGAGGGAGGCGGAGGCGGGGCUCGCUUUCCCGAAGAUUGCCGGGGAAGGCAGCUCCGGCUCCCUGCCCCACAGCUACAUGUAUGACGUCUGCUUCGCUGCCGGGACCGUUAACAGCGAGUUCCGGUUCCUCAGACCCCUCUUCCCUUGUUUCCCCGCCGGGCUGCCCCCCGGCCCUGGAGACCAGCGGAGCUCGGUGUGUUCGCAAGACGUGGCCAACCUCGGGGAAGAAGGCGACUGGGCAGCACAGGGCAGAGCUUCCCUCUCCAAAGACAUGGGUCCCAGGCCUGUGGAAGCAGGUUGCACUACUAACGAGGUGAUAGGAGCAAAUGUCAUUCCUGAUCAAAACCCUUGGCUCACCCACCAGUAGAGGAGGACAAGGACAAGCAUCUCUGUCCUCACCAUCUAAUGCCCUCACAGAGAAAUGGGAACAAAGAGACAAAACAUGCACCAAAAACAAAACAAAACAAAACAAAACAAACAAGAAGGCACAAGUCUUCUCUGCGAAAGAGCAAGGACACUUUCCUCUGCUGUAGUACUUUGUUCACAUAGGCAUUUUGCAACUGUGAUAUCGAUGUAGGAGGACUGUGUUGCAUUCUGAUUACACCAAGUCUUGAUGCAUAACUGUGAGAGUGCUGCUGCUUCUGAAUGUUAAAGGAAAUAUGAAAACCAGAAACAGAUCUUCAAGGGUAAUUUUUCCAUCAUCAUCUUUUCUAUAUUUUGUUUUUGCUUAUGGAGAGGGUUCUGUAAUAAUAUCUUAAUUUUCAGCAGUCAGCUCAAUGCCACACCAAACAUUUAUUACACAGCAUGAAGUUAUGUGUGCAAAGAAACUCUUUAAUAACAAGCAGAAGUUGAUUACAUUCGAAAUGGCUGGCUUUAACACACUUUGCAUAUUAGACCAAGAGUUUACAGAUUCUCCGUACUGUAAAAAGUGGAUGUUGAGGACUGUAUUCCUUUUUUUUUUUCAUAAUAUAAAAUCGAACAGUUACAGAGCAUUUCAGGAUAGUUGAGUGUAAGGUGGUACAGAAUUAAAAGUAGUAUUAGUGGUUUUACAGUAAAAUAGGUUAAAACUUUUAUAAUAAAGAAAAGGCACUGUAAAAUCCAGUGAAUCCAGAAACUUUCUGUCUUCUUUUGCUUUCAUUACUCUGUACUGAAAUAUGAAGUCAUGUGAUACUUCCUGUUAAUCACACGUUUUUAAGAGUGAAAUGUUUGAUGGAAAAAAUAAUAAAACCUACUUGCUGGAACUCC